UGUACAGUCAAUAUUGGGGGGACUACCCGACAAGCCCUUAACUCCAACCUUAGCUUAUAAAUAUGGCUUUGUCCUAAGUUAGUGGAUCAAAUGUGUGAAGCUAUAGAGGACACCGCACUUAGCGCUUAAGGUAAAGCUACAGUGAACCCAAAAAACAAUGAAAGAUUUGCAUUUAAAAGCUAAAACAUUAUUAGGUUUCUUAAUUGUAGUAUCAUGGCUAGGGACAUAUGUAAAUGCUUGUCCUGUAGGGGACUACGAAGCCAAGUGUAGGAGUUGUGUCAACACUUUUGUGGAUAAUUUACGACAAGACCCUAAAAUCAACUGCAGUACGAAAUACGCUUCUCUCCGAGAAUGCAUUUCCUUAGAAAGGACCCGUUGCUUGGCAACCCCCGGCAUCAGCACCAGUACAAAAGCCAUGAUCCGUCAAAGAGCAAUGGUUUACGCAGCAAGCGAGGAGUUCUUCUGUGUUGAUGGGAUGUUCAACUCAAUGAAGCACUACAAGAGAUCAGCCCUUCCAAAGUGCAAAGCCAAGUUCUUCAGGAAGGUGGCUAAGUGUCGAGUUAGGUUUAGAAAAAGAUUCCUGAAGAACAGAGGAAGUAGUUCUUUAUGUAGGUAUUUUUACAAGGCCAAGAAAUGUAUGAUAUCCGCAUUGACAAAAAACUGCAAAAACUCUAAAUUUUUGCCCCAUUUGGUGUCGACCUACAAGCAGGCCUACAAUCCUUACUGCAGGAACAGACAAGACCCUUUAAAGAAACAAAUAAGAUCGUCGGGUCAAUUUGGUAGAUGCAGCCAAAGACGCUAUGUCAUCAAUUCAAGAGAGUGCAUAAAGGAUUUUAUGCAUAGUUUACAAAGGAAUGGGGGGACGAGAUGCAGGGCAACAGUGGACGCCGUGCUGCUUCCUUGUACAUCUAGCAGAAUGAAACGCUGUUUGAAAGGGACAAGAGAUGCCAAGACGCUAGACAAGAACAUCAAACAAGGGUUAGAAGCCCAGAAAAUACAUAUAUACAACCAAUACUGCGAGGGUGGAUUUCUCGAGACUUUGCCUCUCUCAAGGGAUCAGUGUUCUGAAGAAUACUUCGAGACGUUCCAAAGAAGAUGUUAUGCAAAGUUCAUAACGAAGUACAGAGAGAACAAGGCUAAUCCUUUAUUAUGCCAGGAUUACGCAGAGGUUAAAAGGUGUGCGAGAAACAUGACCAUAUCUCACUGCACCCUGGAUGAUAGCAUGCAGGAUGCAGUUCGAUUCUUAUACGGGGAUUUCAACCCCUUCUGUCACAAUGGCAAAGACCCGGAGAAACCAUCCGAUACACGAGGUACGCACGACAAGCAAACGACAUCUUCUGAGAGCAGAGCUUGUACAUCUCGUACAUUGAAUCUUACAAUUUUAGUUUCUGUGUUUUUAUCGACUUUGCUGCUACGAUAACACAUUCGAAUAAUUUAGGUUUAAGGUCAGAUCCAGGGGGGUUAGAUACUAAGAAAUGGGAUCUGGGUAAAAGGGAGGGUGCAGUAUAGACACUAAACUCUGUAAAAGUGUCUAUUGUUAGAGCGCAUACCAUACAUCCGUGAAAAACUUUGUAAGAUCUUCGCACAAAUUGCACAAAUUUGCACAAAUUAGUAAGUUCAGUGGACCUAAGUAGACCGUAGACUUACAAAACUCUAUCAUACUGCAAAAACAUAUAUGUAUAUAUAGGGAUAACUAUAGUAUGUAUUUCCCUUGGAUCUGGUAUGUAUAUCCCUUAACCACAAUAGACUCAGAUAAAAUUUCUAAAUUAUUAAUCCUUAGGUACAUUCCACACCCCCUUUAGAGGCUUUGCACCACCACGUGAUGGCAGCCAUGACAGGAGGCAGGAACAAUUGAGUCUGGUUUAAUUUACACGAAAAAGAAUUCAUUUUCCCAGGAGGAAAAGGCCGUAUAUUGUUGCGCCUCCUGUCAAGGUGGUACCAAGCCUCUAUUCUAAUUUUACCAUUUACGUUUGUUAAAACUAUACUGCGAACACUUUUAACUAGCAUAUAAACGUUUCGCAAGCUGUCUUAUCCUCAUCCGCAGGCAUCUCCUUGCCUCUUUUUUGCUGCUUGGACUUCCUGUGUCCCCACUCCUCCUCCUCUCUCGUUUCUAGUUUUUUUCUGCCAUAAAAGUUAACACGGGGAUUUUAAGAGAGAAUAUAUGGGGUACCCAUCGGAGGAGGCUAAGUUGUCUCAGAGUUGUAUGACUUCUGCUAAGUUUAUUAGAACACAAUUGCAAAUUGGUGCGUUGAAUGUCUUGGCCGCUAGACGAGACUUUUGCAAAGUUUCAACGGUGUGAUUCACGUGACGGCAGCCAUGUUAAAAUUGCAUGUUUGGGAGAACGUCUCAAACGUAAAGUCCAGGAUGGAGAAUAUUGUAUUUGACUGUGAAACGCCAAAUGUAGUACCCAAUAGCGCCUACGAAAUUGAUUAUAUACUUUGAACCAAUCGUAGCGCUCGGAAAACAAAACAAAACAAAAAAAAGGUUACGAAUCAAAAUGCUGGGACGCAGUACCGUCACGUUCAUGGUACGUUUUUCACAGUCAUCCCAAAUUUGCUCCGGCUGUGCCUGGCGUACAGAAUUCUGUUCAAAGAGUCUCAAAACUAAGGCUAUGCCUUGAUAUUUAUAAGUCGUUUAGAUAGUUAUACUAGAUAUUUUUAUUUCAUAAUUUUUAGGUUUUUUAGCAUCCAAAGUCUCACCAAACUGACUGGAUAAUUGAAAAGAUAAACGACGUAUUGUGAGUAAGACGGAUGUCAGUUUUAGACAGACGUUGUAGUGGAACAAAAAAUAGAUUUGGUCCACUAUCCUUAUGACGUAUAGCUAAGACAUAUUUAUACAUAUUAUAUAUUACAUAGGCAUACAUAGUUGGAAAAUAUAUUUACCAGUAAAACAUAAGUAGCUCAUAUAAAGCAGAUAAUUUAAUAGUACUAAUAUUUAUAAAUAGAUGUCAUGUCAUGUAAUGUAACCCAACUUGAAAGUUGUUAAAGAUAAAAUAAAGUUGUGGUUUUAGUAAA